AUGUUAGAGGCCGGAAUUUUAGAAAAAGUGGAAUCUUCAAACUGGGCGACGCCUAUCGUCCCGGUAUUAAAAAAAAAUGGCGGGGUUAGAAUUUGCGGUGAUUUUAGUGUAACAGUAAAUCCGGCGUUAAUCAUUGAUGAACAUCCCUUGCCCACGAUGGAAAAGUUCGCUUCAAUGUCGGGUGGCACGAUCUUCUCUAAAAUCGAUCUUAAACAAGCGUAUUUACAAUUACCGGUCGCGGAUCCGGACAGAGAAAUCUUAACUUUAAGCACGCAUAAGGGUUUAUUUAGAUGUAACCGUUUGAUGUACGGAGUGGCAUCCGCACCUGCGAUAUGGCAGAGAACAAUAGAAAGCAUACUGGGUGGAAUACCCGGUGUUGCAGUAUUCUUGGACGAUAUCAGAAUCGCGGGGAAAAAUAUAAAUCAACAUUUCGAGAGAUUAGAAUGUGUAUUAAAAAAGCUAUCAGAGUAUAAUAUUCGUAUAAAUUUUGAAAAAUGCGCGUUCCUAAAAGAUCAAAUAUCCUAUUGUAGAUACUUAAUUAGUAAAAAGGGAAUUUUAAAAGAGCCUAAAAAAAUCGAAGCGGUUCAAAAGAUGCCAAGGCCAACUAACAUUACUCAGCUGCGAGCGUUUAUUGGAUUGGUAAAUUAUUAUGGAUGUUUUAUUGAACAUUUAAGUAAUAAAUUAUACCCAUUAAAUAAUUUGUUAAAGAAAAACGUGAAAUUUAAUUGGUCCAAAGAAUGUGAGAUCGCGUUCAAUAAAAUUAAACUAGAAUUUGGAAGUGAUAAAGUAUUAGUGCCUUUUAACCUUAAACUGCCAUUAAUCCUCGCGGUGGAUGCCAGCCCGUACGAAGUCGGAGCCGUUCUUUCGCACAUGUACCCCGACGGUACGGAGCGCGUAAUACAAUACGCAUCGAACACAUUAAAUGAGACGCAAAAGAAGUACGCGCAGAUAGAAAAGGAGGCUUUCGCAAUAGUUUUUGGUAUUAAAAAAUUCCAUCAAUUCUUGUAUGAGAAUCACUUUACAUUGUUGACAGACAAUAAGCCUUUGGCACAAAUACUCAACCCGCAAAAGGGUUUACCGGCAUAUAGCGCGCUGCGUAUGCAGCACUAUGCCGUGUUUUUACAAGCUUUCAAUUUCAAUAUUAAAUAUCGCAAAGCAAUUGAGCAUGGGAAUGCCGAUGGUUUCUCGCGAUUGCCCAUACAAGAAAAAAGUAAUGGAAAUUAUGAUGUAAUCGACGUAUUUCAAAUCGAAAAUGUAGAGGCAUUACCUGUAACCGCAAAAAGUAUAAGAGAUGAAAUGUGUAAAAACAAAUUGUUAGUAAAAAUUUGGAAAGCGUUAAUAAACGGAAAAAGUUUGGUUCCGUUAGGCUAUAACGACAGCGAGUUCACAUUACAGGAUGGUAUCAUGUUCAGAAAAGAAAGAGUGGUUAUCCCGAUAAGUUUAAGAGAUAAAGUAUUGAAAGAGUUGCACGCAGGGCAUUUUGGAACAGUUAAAAUGAAAAAACUCAGUCGUAAUUUUUGCUGGUGGCCUAAAAUAGAUAAGGACAUAGAAAACAUAACAAAAAAUUGUAAGGCUUGCGUAACAUUUUUAAAUAAGCCUAAAAUCAAGGGUAAGCAUAUCUGGGCACCAGCGUCAGAACCUUUCGAGCGCGUCCACAUAGAUUUCGCGGGUCCAUUUAUGGGCCAUACUUUUUUAGUUUUGGUUGACACAUGUACAAAAUGGCCUGAGGUGUAUAUUGUUAAAAACAUGUCCGUUCAAAAUACAAUCGAGAAAUGUAGAGAAAUUUUUGCAAAAUUUGGAUUACCCCAAGUUCUUGUGUCGGACAAUGGUCGUACGUUUAUUGCGGAAGAAUUUGAAAAAUUUUUAAAAAACAAUGGGAUAUACCAUAAGCUCACAGCACCUUAUCAUCCAGCCACCAACGGCCUAGCGGAACGCUUUGUACAAACCUUAAAACAGGCGUUGCGAAAAUUAAACGUUAGCGAUGGCAACAUCAAAGUCAAUCUGCAGAAAUUCUUAUUUCAUUAUAGACUUACGCCUCAUUCUGAAAUUAAUAAAUCUCCGGCAGAAGCCAUGUUCAAUCGCAAACUAAGAAGCAGACUGGAUUUGAUGUUCCCGAAAUCUAAUAAAAAAUUUGUAAUAGAAAAUGCCAUAAGCGAUAGAAUUUUUAAAGAGGGCAAAAGAGUCGCCGUGCGAGAAUACUUAGUUAAAAAUAUAAAAUGGCGAUUUGGAAACGUAGUAUCUAAAUUAGGAAAAGCGCACUAUUUAGUUAAACUAGAUAGCGGAAAAGUUUGGAAACGGCACAGUGAUCAGAUAAGAAAAAUUGGUGAACGAAUUAAUACCCCUGAGGGAACAAGUAAUUUCGGCAUUGCUGAUCAUUACGGUCCAGCGGAGGUAUCGCAGGAUUCUGUGACUCCAAGCGAUAACGAUCAAGUAAAACCUGCACUCGAAAGCAUUGUCUCUGACAAUUUGAGAAGCUAUCCAGAAAUCCCUGAGAUAAGCAUAUCCGAGGAAGGGGAAGCAACGCGAGCCGAGGUUCCACACUCAUCAAAUCAAGACAUAAAUGUUAAAAACUGUACAAACGUAAACAGUGAGGCCCGACCUCAGCGGAACAGAAAACCGCCAGAGAGAUACGGGAACUACCUAGCGCAAAUUUAA